CUGGACUCCAUUUCAAAGCAAAUGUUACCGCUUUACUCCAGUGAGAAAAGGACAUGCUGCGGCUGAGUUACAUUGUCAAAAUCUUGGAGGAAACCUCGCCUCAGUGCACAGCGAAGAAGCUAACACAUUUAUAAAAAAUCUGAUUGCAAGCAAAGACAACUCAAACCCAUUCACUUGGCUUGGAGGUGCUCGUGUUUCUCAGACAAACUAUUGGUUCUGGAAAGAUGGAUCCGUUUUUAAUUAUCAGAAGUGGGGCUCUGGUCAACCAGACAACUACUGUGGAAGUGAAGGCUGUUUGAUGUUCAACGAUAAUGCUCCAGGAUUCUGGAAUGACGCUGAAUGUAAUCUUGAACUUAACUUUGUUUGUGUGAAGAACAUGUGA